AUGUUUUCCUUUUUUUUCAAGCUGUUCGCGCUGAAGCGGGACGCGAAGCUCUUGCCAGGUCCAAAAUUGGCGCUCGUGGAGGGGUCGAGUCAGGAGGAAGGACCGGAAGAGUCGGAAGAGAUCCGAAAGAUCAAGAAAGUCCAGAGUUUCUUCCGAGGCUGGCUCUGUCGCCGACGCUGGAAGCAGAUCGUCGAGGAAUACAUCCAUUCCCCACACGCCGAAAGCAUGAGGAAGCGCAACAGCCUCGUGUUCCGGAUGGUCGAGGCCGAGGAGGAGUACGUGAGUCAGCUGGAGAUCCUCGUCUCCUGCUUCCUUCGUCCCUUCAAGAUGGUCGCGUGCUCCAAGAAGCCGCCGUGCAACCACGAGGACGUCAACUCUAUCUUCCUCAACAGUGAAACCAUGCUCUUCCUCCACCAGAUUUUCCUCAAAGGACUCACGGCGCGAAUGGAGAACUGGCCGACUCUGGUUCUCGGCGACCUGUUCGACAUGCUGUUGCCGAUGCUAGCCAUCUAUCAGGAAUACGUGAGGAACCACCAUUACAGCCUCCAGGUCCUCACGGAAUGCAAGCAGAACACUCAAUUCGUAGCCCUGCUGAACCGCCUCGAGGACAAACCCGCUUGCCAGGGCCGGUCCUUGGAGACGUUCCUCAUCUACCCCAUGCAUCAGAUCCCCCGCUACAUAAUCACGCUGCACGAGGUCCUCGCCCACACGCCCUACAACCACGUGGAGCGGAAGAGCCUGGAGACGGCACGGAACAAGCUGGAGGAGCUGUCGCGGCAGAUGCACGAUGAGGUCCGGUCUCCGAGCGCCUUCCGUCGCCUUUCUUGA